CAAGCGUCCAUCGCCAUGCCUCGGAAAAUUGAGGAAAUCAAGGACUUUCUGCUCAUAGCCCAGCAGAAGGAUGCCAAAUCUGUCGAGAUCAAGAAAAACAAGGAUAAUGUGAAGUUCAAGGUUCGCUGCAGCAGGUACCUUUACACCCUGGUCAUCACAGACAAGGAGAAGGCUGAGAAGCUGAAACAGUCCCUGCCCCCUGGAUGGCAGUGA